CCGGGUUCUGCAGUGAGACGCGUGAUGGGGACGAGAUGCGGGAAAAGACCAAAUUGUUGCUAUAUCGGAGCAUCCACCGGUGCAGCGGGUCUAUUUAUAGCCGGGAACUACAUCAGCUCUGACUGCAGACACCGCGAGGGGAAAUCUCCAAACCACUGACAUUUCACCGGAGCAAAUUAAAGCGGGGACAGGGACUCGCUGCAGAGAAUAACAUUUACUGUGCGUUACGGUGUCAGAGUCUGCACGAGCGAGAGGGACACACAAAGUGCACACGGGGGAAAGACUUGUGCGGGGGGGUGUGUGUGCGUGUGUUUGUGUGUGUGUGUGUGAGAGAGAGAGGUGUUUUGAUGAUCCACAAGCGUGAUCCUUCCGUGCGUCCUGAUGUUGGAGCGCAGGAUCAGUGGUGGUAACCCUGUCUGAGGCACUGCAGGAGGUCCGAGAGAGAGAGAGGGAGGAGGGAGAGAGAGAGAGAGAGAGAGAGAGAGAGAGAGAGGGAGGGAGAGAGAGAGAGAGAGAGAGAGAGAGAGAGAGAGAGAGCAGCACAUUGGUCGGGCCACUUUCCUGACGACACACCAACAAUCGUCAACCUGUGGAUAGAUCCCCUGCGCGCUGCUCCGCCGCCUCCUCCACCCACUGCCACCCUCUCCCCCUCUCGCACACCGAGCCGAGCGCGACCCCCUCGGACAGCCAGGACGCAUGCACCGGGAGAGGGUGCCGGUUCGAUUCCCGCGCGGAGGAGAGGAGCCAAAAAGUUGAGGGGGUCGUGCGCCUAUUCCCGCUUCAUGAAUGGCCCGAACAUGGAGGAGAUGCCACUGGAAAGAGUCAAGACCCGGCGGAGGAAGGGUCACUGCCCGGCCGGUGCCCCCCUGGGCGCCAUCGCCUGCGAGGACGAGUUCUCCAGCCCGGAGCUGGAGGCUCUGUUCCAGGGAUACAACCUGAAGCUGGAGCAGACCGCCACCCUCAAGGCGCUGGCGGUGCUCAUCGUGGCCGCGUCGUCGCUGUCGCUGGUGGAGCUGCUGUCCAGCUCGCGCCUCACCUUGUCCAAGGGCUCGUACCCGGUGCACUGCGUGGUGUUCCUGUCGCUCUUCAUCGUCACCAACGUCAAGUACCUGCAGGUGACGCAGCUGCAGCAGAUCGCGAAGCUGGCGCUGCUGUUCAGCUUCACCUUUGCGCUGCUCUGCUGCCCCUUCCCGCUGGCGCUGGGCACGUCGGAGCCGGUGAGCGCCGCUGCCCCUGAGCAAGGCGUGUGGCAGCUCAUGCUGGUCACCCUCGUGGCUUACGUGCUGCUGCCGGUGCGGACGCUGAUGGCGGUGCUGUUCGGGGUGAUGCUGGCUGCGUCCCACUUCAUUGUCUUAGCGACGUCGGUGACCGGGAGGAAACAGAAGCUGUGGAGGCCGCUGGUGGCCAACGCGGUGCUGUUCACCAGCGUCAACUUGUCGGGGGUGUUUGUGAGGAUUCUCACCGAGCGCGCCCAGAGGAAAGUCUUCCUUCAAGCCCGCAACUGCAUCGAGGAGCGGCUGCGGCUCGAGGACGAGAAUGAGAAACAGGAGCGUCUGCUAAUGAGUCUACUGCCCAGGAAUGUUGCCAUGGAGAUGAAGGAGGACUUCCUGAAGCCGCCUGAGAGGAUCUUUCACAAGAUCUACAUCCAACGUCAUGACAAUGUCAGCAUCCUGUUUGCAGACAUCGUGGGCUUCACCCGCCUGGCCUCUCAGUGCACAGCUCAGGAACUCGUCAAACUGCUCAACGAACUCUUUGGGAAGUUUGAUGAACUGGCGACAGAGAACCACUGCAGGAGAAUAAAGAUCCUCGGCGACUGUUACUACUGUGUGUCCGGACUGACCCAGCCCAAGGCGGACCACGCCCACUGCUGCGUGGAGAUGGGCCUGGACAUGAUUGACACGAUCGCGUCCGUGGUGGAGGCGACCGAGGUGGAUCUCAACAUGCGUGUUGGUCUGCACACAGGACGCGUGCUGUGCGGCGUGCUGGGCCUCAGGAAGUGGCAGUACGACGUCUGGUCAAACGAUGUCACACUGGCCAAUGUGAUGGAGGCCGGAGGGCUGCCGGGCAAGGUGCACAUCACCCGGACGACCCUGGAGUGCCUGAACGGAGACUACGAGGUGGAGCCGGGCUUCGGACACGAGAGACACGCCUUCCUGCAGAAACACAACAUAGAGACUUUUUUCAUCGUGCCGUCCCACAGACGCAAAAUCUUUCCGGGUCUGAUUCUGUCGGACAUCAAACCAGCCAAGAGGAUGAAGUUUAAGACCGUGUGCUACCUGCUGGUGCAGCUCAUGCACUGCAGGAAGAUGUUCAAGGCCGAGAUCCCCUUCUCCAACGUCAUGACCUGUGAUGACGACGACAAGCGGAGGGCCCUGCGGACCGCGUCGGAGAAGCUGAGGAACCGGACGUCCUUCUCAGCCGCCGCCGUGCAGCAGGCGCCGGGAACACGAGUCAACCGCUACAUCGGGCGGCUCAUCGAGGCGCGGCAGACCGAGUCCGAGACCACGGACCUGAACUACAUCACCCUGUUCUACAAGAGCCGAGACAGGGAGCGCAGAUAUCACCAGGUGUAUGACGACCAUUUCAUCAGUGCUGUGGUUCUCUCUCUAAUCCUCGCUGCGCUGUUUGGCCUCAUCUAUCUGCUAAUGAUUCCACAGGGGAUGCUGGUGCUGCUGCUGCUGGUGCUGUGUGUGUGUUUCCAUGUGACCUGUGUCAUGUAUCUGCAUCUCACCAGUGUUCAGUGCCAACCAGGCUGCCUCACCAUCCAGAUCCGGUCGGUGCUGUGCGUGUUCCUCGUCCUGCUCACCUACUCCGUGGUCCAGGCCUGUGUGGUGGGAUGCGUUCCUUGGGGGAACGUGGCGUUGACGAACUCCAACCGCUCUGUGGACGUCGUCCUUGCGGACACGGGCGGCAUCGAACCCUCCAACAGCACCGCGGAGGAAAGAGCCUGCUCCAACAUGGCCUAUGGUCUGCUCUCCUGCGUGGCCGGCACCCUCACUGUCGUGCCCUACCUCCGCGUGUCCUCGCUCCCCAAGAUCUUCCUGCUCCUCCUCCUCUCUGUCACCUACACCGUCGUCAUGGAGACCAGCGGCUACCGCCAAGCGGUGGGUGGCGGUUUCCUCCACACGCGGGGCUACGACCCCGUGUUGGCGGUCGUGUUGUUCUCUGGAGCUCUGGCUCUUCAUUCCAGACAACUGGACCUGAAGCUGCGGCUCGAUUAUCUCUGGGCUACUCAGGCCGUGGAGGACAGGGACGACAUGGAGAAGGUGAAGCUGGACAACAAGAGGAUCCUGUUCAACCUGCUGCCGGCUCAUGUGGCUCAGCACUUCCUCAUGUCCAACCCCAGGAACAUGGACCUGUACUACCAGUCCUACGCUCAGGUUGGCGUUUUGUUCGCCUCCAUCGCCAACUUCAACGACUUCUACAUCGAGCUGGACGGGAACAACAUGGGAGUCGAGUGUCUGCGGCUCCUCAACGAGAUCAUCGCCGACUUCGACGAGCUGAUGGAUAAAGAGUGUUACAGGGAUAUCGAGAAGAUCAAGACCAUCGGCAGCACGUACAUGGCUGCAGUCGGGCUGGUUCCUACGACUGCCUCCAAGGCAAAGAAGUCCGUCACCUCACAUUUAUGCACAGUGUCGGAUUUUGCCAUCGAGAUGUUUGACGUCCUGGACGCCAUCAACUACCAGUCUUACAACGACUUUGUCCUGAGAGUAGGUAUCAAUGUGGGUCCGGUGGUGGCCGGAGUGAUUGGAGCCAGGAGGCCUCAGUACGACAUCUGGGGGAACACGGUGAACGUGGCCAGCAGGAUGGACAGUACCGGAGUUCAAGGGAAGAUCCAGGUACAGUUCUGCACUGGCUUUGCAGCAGGGCCGAGAAUAUUUAUCGUGUAUUAUGUGUUUCUCUGCGUUUCGUCUCCAGGUGACCGAAGACGUUUAUCGCGUCAUCGCCGACCACUACGACUUCGUCUGCCGCGGCCAGGUCAGCGUGAAGGGCAAAGGUCAGAUGCUCACUUACAUCCUGGAGGGGCGGCGACAAGGCGGCAGGCCACCUCAGACCCAGGAGCAGCUGCCCGGCAACCCGGACCGCCGGACGAGCGCGUUCGCCCACGGCAGCGUGUGCACCAGGCUGAGCCCCGCCCCCACCGUCACCACCUACGCCACCAUCAGGAACCCGAGCCCGAGCAUGGCCAAGCCGACCACCUCCACCAGCACCACCAGGUACCUGCCCUCUGUCCCCACGGCUAUGGUGUGACCGACGCUGUCUCCAUGGUGACCGUGGGAAACGGGAGAAUGAUGGCGUGGAGCAGAGAGAGCUCCGUUCUUCUUCUACCGAGGCUGACGCACUGAUCAUCCAAUGGGAGGCCUGCGUUUAGGAUUGGGGCGGCCUCCAUCGGACUCACGCCUCCAGGGGGGCGUCAGGCUCCGGGACGUGUUAGCCACGUUGCUCCGUAAACCAAUCACAGGCCAAGGAUGUCUCCACGAUUUCAGAGUCGACGCCGCGAAUCCACGAAAUAAUAAGAAACACACUGCAAUGCACCAUGGGUAGUGUAGCGCACAAGCCUCAAACACAUCCAGAAGUUUCCGCCGACCGUUUUCUCUCAGUAUAAAACCAAAUCAGUGCUGUUGCCUUAGCAACCGCUCCUCACGAUGAGUUUCUUGCCAUUUUCUUUUCGUUGCCUUUUGUUGAUUCAUCGGACUCUGACUCAGAUUCGUGGUCACAGGCGCGUCGCCGUCCAUCAGACGCCUGUUUUCAAAGUGGAUGAAGCCAAAUGUAUAAUUGUAAAAAGGCAGUUUUAACGAUUUAAAGCUGCCGAAACACAACAGGGCAUUGCCUUCAAUCGUUUCCCGGGUUGGUGGCGACGGCACGUUUC